AUGCUUGCGCAGAACUGGGGGUUCUAUCUGAAUGGCAGUCAGGCGGACAGAGGUCCAAACGAUGUUACUACUUUGUUCGAGUCAGCACGGAAAAGGCUGUCUCAAUAUUUCUCCUCCGAUAAGGAGCAGAAUGGCCUCGACAUUAUGGCGAUUACAGGCUGCCUUCUUAUUUCACGUCUUACGGUCCUACGAUACUGCCUGAGCUUCGGUCGUCGUGAUACAUUUACCUGCGAUCGGUGGAUGUUGCUCCAAGUUUGCCCUGGAGCAUUUGACGCCACUGUACCGGAUGUCUUUGAUGUUGUCUUCAAGGCUACACUAGACGCCUACCACUAUCAGACGCCAUGUAUUCCAUUCGCCAGCCUGGAGCGUCCAUUACAGGAUCGAUUUCAUCAGGUUCAAGACCAGCUCUCCUCGUUCACCUUCAAUUCUCCUACGAACAAGAUUCUCGUUGUCCUUGACGAAGCGCAGACCCUGAGCAAUCAUGGGAAGGAAUGCUUCGUGUCGCACGCGGAUCCCGGUGAUCUGAGGUCAAUCCUCUCGCCUAUAAUCCAUGGGCUCAGGAGCAUUUCAGGAAGUACGGGAGACUACUGUGUGGUGACUUGUGGCACAGGCAUUGGUGCAGACGAACUCGAAGUCAUGGCGAACUCCGGUGGGAUUGCAGGCAACCUGGAUCAAAUUGAUCGCCGAAUCGUCGACUUUGCAGGCUGGGAAACGGAGGACUAA